AUGACUGGAGUCUUUGACAGUCUGGUGGCUGAUAUGCACUCGAAUCAGAUCACUGCCUCCAGCAGUUACCACCAACACCACCACCAGCACAGCGGCAGCGGCGGCAGCAGCACGAGCUUGCACAAGCCCCAGGAGUCCCCCACGCUGCCCGUGUCCACCGCCACGGACAGCAGCUACUACACCAACCAGCAGCACGGGGCAGGGGGCAGCGGCGGCGGCGGCGCAGGGUCCCCCUACACGCAGAUGGGCUCGUACCAGUACCAUGCCAGCGGCCUCAACACCGUCCCCUACUCUGCCAAAGCGGGCUACGACCUGGGCUACACCGCGGCGUACAGCUCCUACGGGCCCUACGGAACCAACUCCUCCCCGGCCAACAACGAGCCCGAAAAGGAAGAAUGCGAGCCCGAAAUCAGAAUAGUGAACGGGAAGCCAAAGAAAGUGAGGAAACCUCGAACCAUUUAUUCUAGUUUCCAGUUAGCAGCUCUUCAGAGGCGAUUCCAAAAGACUCAGUACUUGGCACUACCCGAAAGAGCUGAACUGGCCGCCUCCCUAGGCCUCACACAGACUCAGGUCAAGAUCUGGUUCCAGAAUCGCCGUUCUAAGUUCAAGAAGAUGUGGAAAAGCGGAGAGAUUCCUUCAGACCAGCACCCGGGGAGCAGUGCCUCUCCCCCCUGCGCAUCACCUCCUGUCUCAGCACCUACUACGUGGGACUUCGCUCCUCACCAGCGGAUGAGCAGCGGAGGAGGAGGCAGUGGAGGCAGCGGUAGCGGAGGUGGAGGUAGUUCAGGCUCCAGUCCCAGCAGCGGUACUUCGGCUUUCCUAGGCAACUAUCCGUGGUACCACCAGGCUUCCAGCUCGGCUUCCCACCUCCAGGCCAGUGCACCGCUGUUGCAGCAUCCUCAGCCCCCGCAGCCCCAUCACCACCACCAUCCCCACCAUCAUCAUCACCACAGCAGCAGCAGCUCAGCAGUGAGCGCAGGGACGAUAUUCUAA